AUGACUCACACCAGACCACCGACGUCCAUGGGAGUCGCCGAGAUCAGACAAAACACUGCUGGUCUUCUUCAGAACGACUUGGUCUAUUCGCGGAAUGUCGGAAGUGGAAAAAAAAACAACAAAUGAUUUGAUAAGGUGAUGGCGUGUAGCUCAUCUCUCCUUCUCUCUUGAUGCGACGUCUUCACACGUGUUCCGCACUUCUGUUUUUUUUUCUCCCCGAAAAGAGAGAGAGAGAAGACGUCGGAAGUCGUCCGACAAUUUGAUCAGUCGUUGAGGAAUCGUAACCGAUCAAAACGCCUACGCCAACCCUCUCGCCAUAAAACUUUGGGCUGAAAUGUAUUUAUUGGACCUAGGCAAGUUCCACCGUCCACUCCUCUUCUUCUUCGCUCUCCACCUGCUGAGCCAGUGUCUAUUUUCGCCCAAGUGUGCAAAGCUCAAACAAAAGGAGCCAGCCGAGGAUUUGAGUCCUGGCCGGCCCACUGUCCACGACCCCAUUGUCGGCCUCGUCUUAUAAAGGCCAGCAGUUGGCAACUCGGGCCGUCUAACCGUUAAGAACUCCUUUGUUUGCUCGUUAGAUUUCGCUACUGUCCAUUUUGAACUCCCGAAAAUUGUUAUACAAAUAGCGCGUGUGUUGGUCAACUUCCGCUUCUCCGGUCACUUCUUUGCUAAGAUCUCAUCACGUUUGCUCGUUCAUUUUUGUUCUUUUUCCAUAUCGACUUCACAUUUCACAACACGGCUAUUCAGGGUUCAUGCUUUGGCUGUUCCUUCUCCCGCUCGUGGUAAAGGCCACUCUUAUUCCACGAGAUCUUCUUUUUGCCGAUUCUAAAUAUUCUUCGGUGUCGCUGAGUCCAGAUGGCAGGUAGCUAGAGGUUUCCUCACUGUCAACCUUCUGGUUUCUUCAGACUUGUCGGCUUCAUUGCUCCAGAUGAGAAAGGAGCCAAGAAUUUAUUUACGCGGUGUGUCUCAUGUUCUUCUACUCGUCAAGUCACUUUUGAGACUUCCCACGACGUACUCAGUGAGAUAUUUCAAAAUUCAUUUGCUUCUUUCGUGAUUUUCCAAUAUCACACAAUCAUUCAAGGUUACACUUGGACUGCUCUCCCCGACAUUAUUCUUUAUUCGCAAGACAACCAUGGCGAUGAGAACACUCGGCUCUACAAAAAGAAUAUUUCAAGGGUGAGUUAGUUAUUUUUCGCGCAUCGGACAAAAAAGAUCUCAGGAAGCUCUCGAGACGGAUCCCAUGAACAGAUUCUCCAUCUCGGAAAGCAAGAACGUCAAGGCCGCAAUCAUGGCCAACAACAUGAUUGACUCUCGUCUCAUAAUCGGUCUGAACGACGAAAAUCCAGCGUCAGUCAUCUUCGUUCGAAAUUUUAUUCAACUUUUUUUGUUUUCAGACUUCAUAACGUUUAUAACUUUGACCUCAAGACAAAUGAACUGACGCUGGUGGUCAGAAAUAAACGCUUCCCAAUGUUCAUCUUCGACAACGACAUGCAAAUUCGUCUCGGAGGGGAAGAAGGACCUGGAGGAGUGAUGAUCUACUCGCGGUAAAACACAAAAAGCUUACAUUAUAUAGAAUUCUACCUUUUCAGUCCAUCCGACAAAGCAAACCUCAAAAGCCUGACAACAGAUAAGUCUGACUGGGUAGAGUACAUGCGCGUCGAGCAUGAUGAUAAGCCAAUCACAAUGUAAGCCAAGUCAGAAUUUUUUUCAAAAAAAAUUUCUGUUUCAGGCCAAUAACCUUCGACAAGACUAACAAAAACAUGUACUGGAUCCUCGGGGAAGGCACCGACCUAGGUGAUUCUGCUGAGAACAUUUAUUGAUGGAAAACAAGAAAAUUUCAGGGGCACUGGUCACGUUCCCAUUCGAGAACCCAAAGACUCGUGAGAUUCUUUAUACGGCCACAAAGGCGCAGAUCGGAAACGUCCUCAUCCAUCCUCAGGACAAGACUUUGCUCGGUCUCACUGAAGUUUAUCAUAAGCCUGAAAUGUUCAUCGCCAACGACACAGUCAUGGAGGACCUCCAAUACCUGGUCAACCUGCGGCCCAAGGCCAGUUUGCAGAUUCUCUCCUUGAGCACAGGUAUUGUUUUCGCCCACAGCGCUGUUUGCAUUUUCCGUUUCAGACAUGAAUACAUGGCUGGUCACUUACCUUUCGGCUGAGGAUCCAUUUCAAAUCUUUGUUUACCGGAGGUGGCUCAAGACGGUUAGCCCUCCAAUUCAGCUGGACAUCAACUAGAAUUUCAGGCAGAACUGUUCAUGAACACUCGUCCAGAACUUGAAGGCUAUCCUUUGAACAAGCAGAUCGGAUUCGACUUCAAGACUAGAGACGACCUCGUCAUCCAGGCCUAUCUUAGCUUGCCUGCGCAGGUAGAAUCGAAUAAUAGUUCAAUCAAAAAACUUCCGAGUUCUCAGGAGCCUCUUCUGACAGCCGCACAAGUGCCGAUUGCCGACAAAGGCUACGCCGACCACGGCUUGAUUCCAGCCUCUCCCCAGAAAUUGGUGGUUCUAGUGCACGGAGGACCCAAGGCUCGCGAUACGUACGGCUUCAGUCCUUUCAACGCCUGGCUCACCAACCGAGGCUACGCCGUUCUUCAGGUAUUCUGGAUUAUCCUGAGAUUCACUAAUAACUCUCAUUUCAGGUCAACUUCAGAGGAAGUGUCGGUUUUGGAAAGCGACUAACAAACGCGGGAAACGGCGAGUGGGGCCGAAAAAUGCAUUUUGACCUACUCGACGCUGUCGAAUUCGCCGUCGCCAAAGGAAUCGCCAACCGCAGCCAAGUCGCCAUCAUGGGAGGCAGCUACGGUGGAUACGCUACACUCGUCGGACUCACGUUCACGCCACAAGUGUUCGCUUGUGGAGUAGACAUAGUCGGACCUUCGAACCUGGUCUCCCUGCUGCAGGCCGUGCCGCCAUACUGGCUUGGUUUCUAUCAGGACCUGGUCAAGAUGGUGGGAGCUGAUAUCAACACGUGAGUCAAUCAUCCCGUGUUUCAAAAAGGAUAGAAGAGGUUCAGUGAGGCCGGACGUCAGUCUCUGACCGCUCGUUCGCCCUUGUUCUUCGCCGACCGCGUCAGCAAGCCUCUGCUCAUCCUCCAAGGCGCCAACGACCCGCGAGUCCGACAGCACGAAUCCGACCAAUUCGUCGCCGCCCUCGAGAAACGCAACAUCCCCGUGACUUAUGUCCUCUAUCCAGACGAAGGACACGGAGUUCGCAAGGUGAGACUUCGGAGUGUGGGGACAAAAAAGAACGUCGAUCUGUUUAUAGGCAAACAACCGACUCGAGCAGCAUGGACACAUCGAGUCGUUCCUUCAUUCGUGCCUCAAGGGAAGAGUCGAAACCUUCGUUCCUGGACAAUACAACUCGACAGCCAUUGUAAGAAACCUUGUCCGUCGGACGGAUCUUAUCUUCGCGAUUCGCAGGUGAAAAGCGUCGGCAUCGAGGAAACUGCCAAAGGAACCUUGGCGCCGCAGAUCUUCUACAGGCCGAACGUCGUCAGAGCUCUUCCUAGGCCAAUGCCUCACCUCGUUCCAACUGCAAACGUCCUUUCUAGGAUAUUCCCCAUUCAGGGUUAA